UUUGUGCUGCUCGCUGCCAACGUACAGUGUCGUCAAAGCACAUCUUGGAAGUCGAUUAUUAUAUCAGAGCUGAGACUGCGUCUUCGUUACCCCACAUACCGGUCAAAGGUUCAGCCGUUCAGGGCUCAAAACCAGGGGCCAGGACUCCUUGACCGUUCUUGCCUUGUACGGUGCGGUUCUGCCUCUUCCUGGGCUGUGGCCGCUUCCCAGUCUCUUCGCUUGCCCUGUCCCUGUCCUGAACUCCUGACUGAGAUUAUAGCUGAGGACUGAGGAGCUUCAAGUUGUAACGAGGAUCGUUCAAAGGGAGAAUCUCUCGAGAGGAACUCUCACUGCCACUCCCCACAGUAAUAAGUGUCUGCGUGUCACCUCACUCUAUCCUCGCCGGAAGGGAAGAAGACGAUGGACGCCGAUGCCGACAUGAUCCCCUCCUCGCCCUCCGCCGAGACAUCGCCCUCAUCGUCCGAUAUCGCCACUGAGUCCACGGGGUCGUUCUUUCGGGACCGGAGUACGACGCUGGGCACGCUGAUGGGCGUGUCCCUCGCCGACGAGGAGCAGGAGCAGGGGCAGGACCACCACCACCACCACCACCAGUCAGGGCAGGAUGCGGUGGAUGGGACGGGGACGGUGACGCCGCGUGCUCCGGUGCAUGAGGAUGAGGGGGACGGGUGGAGGUGGCGCCGCAGGUGGAGGCGCCGGCACUGGCGCAGCGCCGGCGGGUGGUGGAGGCUGUGCAGGGACGACGUCCGCGUGCCCACGUCGCUCGGCCACUUCCUGGACAUGGAGAGGCAGCUCUCCGGCACCGGGCUGCUGUGCGGCGGCGACGGCGCGGGGGAGCGGGACGCUGCCGCGGCGGCGGACGAAACGGGGAGGUGGAAGCUGCGGAGGCCGGCGCAGGGGACCUCGUCGUCCUUGGCGAGGCUGCCGGUGCUGCUCACGGCAAUCUGCAGCGGUGGAGCCGCAUGACCCGCCCCACGGCCGGGUCGAGCGCUUCGGGUAUUGAGUCAGUUUGUUUGUCAUGCUCACCACCGGUUAAUUUGUCACCUUCCAUUUCUAAUCAAAGUCGAUCAGUGUCGGACA